UUGCAGGUGAUUUGCUGAUAUAAAACUGAUUUGCAAACUUCACACUCAACGAUGAUCUUACGAGGAGGCAGAGCUUAAGCCUGUGAAGUUACAACAAGAAGAAGCAACUUACCAUGCGGGUACUCGGAGGUUAAGGCUUUGAGACUAAAUUAUGUAAUACAGAAACAAUAAUGUAUUGCCUCUCGAAUCUAUUUUAUGUAAGAAAUAACAAAUCAUUUGAAAUACCUAUUAAAGUCGUUACAUUACAGGUAAGGAUUUUACCAAAAAUACUAUGAAAUUUUUUAUUUAGGGAUGCCGAGCACUGAAGAAAUAAGAGCAAAAUUAAACAUUAUCGAACGAUAUGUUGGUAACAUACGAAUAUAGACAUGACGUUCUACAUAACUAUCAGAUAAAGUAGGUAAGCAACUGAAACGGUUAUUAAAGGACGAAUACCGGGUUAUCAGUACGGUGGGGUCAGGGGGUGUCCAUCUCAUUAAGAUAAUUAUGUAAAGCGGUAACAACAAAACAGUGCAAGUUUGGAACACCAACUCAUAAGAUCCUAAAUAUUUAAACCCCUUAACAGUCUAAAUUUUGGAAAUAAAAUGCUAAGAAAUAAGGCCGAUUGGCCAAUAUAGGGAAACCCUUCUGGUCUUUUUAGAAAUAGCCAAAUAACACAUUUACAUGUAGUGUAGUAGUUCAAAUGAUAUGAAUAAUGAAUAAACCAGAGAUUGACCAGUGGUUCAGAGACAUAAAGAAUACAACCACCGCCCAAUAAAGCUUGGUCUUUGUACCAUCGGCGACAUCAAAGUGAGUCACCGCCAAGUUAGUUGUAAUCGUGACAAUCGUGCACGUGCGUGAUCCGAUCCAACUCAUGCCGUACUGCGACUUGUAACUAGGUACCGUCACCUUGGGUAAACAAAAACGCUAUUAAGUUUAUAUAUUAGACAAAAAACUGACUCUUUUGGGGAAGUCAAUACAUUUAUCAACCGAAAAAGCAAUAGUAUUGGGAUUAUUUUUCAUUAAGUUUCAUAUUAUGCAUUGCAAUCAUGCAUUUAAUUAAAAUGAUAAGCUUGGCAAAGAUCAUAAAGCGACUGGCAGGAGUUAGUUGGACCGAGUGGAAGUACAAACCUACUAAAAUUGUCAUGUAUGUUAGUCAAUUGACAUUAUGGACUCUGUUUCUGAAUAUCUGUAAGUAAUUAUAUUUAAAACAGAUAAAAUUUAGGUAAUUAUAAUUUAAUAACCGUUGUUGACUACAGAAAAACUCAGAGUCGUAGUAGAGUAAGGCAUACCUACGUAGAUCUUUCGUUAAUCGAAGCAAAAUUUUCUGCAAAUGCUAGGAAAAGCGACUACUUACUUUACAACGUAAAUAGUGACGUGACCAUAAAGGUUUGUGCAGUGUCUGCUGCUUAGAUAUGAAAAAAGAGUACAAAAGGAAUCCAGCACCGGACGGACAUAGGUGCGGCGUAUGUCCCACGUACUUCCAGAAAAUAUGCGCCUUCGACCUUAUCAACAAUUCAACGUUUAUAUUUGACAAUCAUUGUAUAAUGGAUAUUUACAACUGCAUAGAAGGAACAGAGUUUGUGCCGCUGAAUUACGAUCGGUGCUUAUUUUUCGGAAAUUUCGCUUAUGUGCACGGACUCAAACGAGAGGACAAAGACUACGGCGAAGAUCAUUACAUCGUUAAGAACUCCAAGAAGAAUCCAGAUUUCAUCGAUGUAUGAGAUGUGUUUAUUUAAAUGAUGUGGUUAAUCAUGGCCCAUAAAACGCAAGAAUCCAGUGGAUACUAUUUUUUAUCAUCCUUUACUUUAACUAUUUAUCUACCUGUCUGCCACAGCCGGUUUUUAAACCCUAAAAUUAAAAGCAUGAACAAACAUGAGUCUCUCUGACAAAAUGGUGAAAUAAACUUUUAAAAAUAAAUACAAGUGGGGUUAGUGCGGAUUUUACUCUAUCAAACGCGUCGAGCAAGUAAACGCGAAUUUGUAUAUGAUUGGAUCAGCGCCACCUCGUGGUAACACGAUGGCACUAAUGCAAUUCCAUACAAAUUCGUGAUUACUUGCUCGACGCGUUUGAUCGAGUAAAACUCGCACUAACCCCUCAGUACCACAAUUUCACGUGACGCGACCCUCUCUUUCCGGGGUGAAUAUAAGCUUGAUAUGCAAGGUAUAUUAUUUUUGUCAUUUUCCUUUACUUUGGUAAUCUUUAAAAAUUAUGGAAAGAUAAAUAGACGAUAAGAUAUAUGCCUUGCGAACGUUCGCGAAUAAGGAGGCUGGUAAUUUUUUCAAAUACAUAUUUGUUGCAACGUUUUGAUUACAGCUCCUAUAUACAUAUACACAUAAAUAACUUUUUUCUAUUCCUUAUUUAAUUCCACCCCGACUAUACCUAUAUUAUUUUGUGCCCGCGAUGAAUAAACUCCAAAAACAUUAUUCUAAAAAGUUUUGUAAUUAAAGUCAUUUUCGUAGUAAUAGAAUUUAUUUUUGAGCUGUUUUAUCAAACAUACAUAAGUAAUGUAAUAUAAAUAAAGUGGUAUAGAUGCAUAAAGGCAUAUUUUUAUAGCAUGAUUGUUCAUUUUAUUUUAGAUACCUAUUUUUAAAAUGGAUUUUUUAUAUCACCAUGAAAUAUAUUAAAGGAGGUAAAUGUAGGAAUACAAUCAAUAUAUAUUGGUGGAUUGUUAAUUUUAGUUUAGUUUCAUAAUUUAAAUAUUAAAGUACAGAUACAAGGAUUGCUAGUUAACAAGUAUAUUUUAAAAGUGUAUUUUUUUUUUAAUUUUUCAUGCAUUGGAAUGAACAACAGCUAAAUAUAAUUACAUGGAUUUUUAUAAAUAGUAACAAGAUAUUGACAGGUCUUCACAUAUAGAUACACACCAAACAGUACAAUUUUAUCGGGAUAUUAUUAUUGUACUUAUAAUAUAUUUCUUAAUUGAAUUUUAGAGACACAAAUAUGCCUUGUAUUUUUUAUAUUUUAAGAUUUGUAUUUAGCUUUACAUAUUACAAAUGGUACAAAAUACUUGAUUCCCAGAGCACACCAAAAAUUUCGCAUUCGUCUUUCCUAAAAUAUGUAUAUGAAGUGUGGCUUCUAUAUGGUGGUUGAUUAAUUUUUAUGUAAAUAUAUUUA